AUUUUAAUUUUUUCUAUCAAUAUAGAACCCAGCUACCACACCUUUGAUUAAUUAAUUAAACUUUCGUUCACUUCUUCAAUAAAACCAUACAAAACGGCAUUGAUCACGCUGUCUGUCGUCUCGCCAAGAACAAGCAAGAGGUGCUGAGAGAGAAAGAGAGCAAUGUCUCCGUCACAGUCACCGUCCGUCACCCAAGUCCAGAUCGAGAGCCACGUUUUCCCUCCGACUGUGAAACCUCCGGGCACGUCCAAGCCCUUCUUCCUCGGCGGCGCAGGGGAGAGAGGUUUGGAAAUCCAAGGCAAGUUCAUCAAGUUCACGGCUAUCGGAGUGUACCUCGAAGAUAGCGCCAUCCCGUCGCUUGCGGUUAAGUGGAAGGGCAAGACUGCAGAGGAGCUGACGGACUCCGUCGACUUUUUCAGGGAUAUCGUCUCCGGUCCCUUUGAGAAGUUCACACAGGUGACUAUGAUUUUGCCAUUAACGGGUCAACAAUACUCUGAGAAGGUUACAGAAAAUUGUGUUGCCUAUUGGAAAGCAGUUGGAACCUAUACUGAUGCAGAGGCCAAAGCCAUUGAAAAGUUUAUUGAGGUCUUCAAGGAUGAAACUUUCCCCCCUGGCGGUUCUAUUCUUUUUACCCAAUCACCCCUUGGAUCAUUGACGAUUGCUUUCUCAAAAGAUGGUUCCUUACCUGAGACCGGGACUGUGGUGAUAGAGAACAAACAAUUGUCAGAAGCAGUGUUGGAGUCAAUCAUCGGCAAGCACGGUGUUUCCCCAGCAGCAAAGAAGAGCUUGGCAGCAAGAAUGUCAGAAUUGUUGAAGGAGAAACCGGAAGCCCAGACAGCUGCUGCUGCUGCUGCUGCUGAAUAAGUAUUGGCAUAGUUGGUUUAUGUGAGUGCUUAAGUUGCUGAAAAAGAAGAAAUCUGUAGUUCCUUUGAAGAGAUGCUAUAUUUAUGUUCUUCCUCUGCUUCAUAAUCUAGCUACAUGUGUCUUGUGGAGUGUAAUAAUGAAGUGGUUUUUUACUUCUACUUCAAUGAAUUUCUUUCUUGUCUUGCUUCUUGUUGGAGUAGUAAAUUAGUAAUGAAUGGAUAACAUGAUUUUACAAGUA